AUGGAAAUACCUGUAUCUGACUUCUGUUUUGGAAUUACUUGUAAGGUUGAACAACCAAUGGGGUUGGAUGGUGUGAUCUGCAAAUCAUCAAAUGGAUUCAUAUCAAAUGAUUUAAACAUUGGGCUUGGAAACUACAUAAAAGCGGAAGAAUGUAAUUAUGAUAACAUUAUGGAUGACAGCCUAAUAGAUAAUAAGUUGGGAAUUUUACGAGAUAAUCAAUUGUUGUAUUUGGAGGAUAGUUUUAAACAUAAAUAUAACUCUAAUGAUGGUCACAUUGUUAAUGCUCAUAACCGUAUUAAUGGUGGUACAACUGUUAAGCGACAUCAAAUUUCAUCAGUACAAGAUUCUGAAAAGGGAAUAAAAUAUUCAUGUAUUAAAUGUGACAGAAAGUUUUCAAGUAAAUUCCAUUUAAUUGAACACAAGAAAGUUAUUCAUGAAGGUAUUAAUCUUUCAUGUGAUGAAUGUGACAGGAACUUCACUACGAAAUCCCAACUAACUAGACACAUAAAAUCAAUUCAUCACGGAAUAAAAUAUCCAUGUAGUCAAUGUAACAAAAAGCUUUCUACGAAAUAUGAUUUAUAUGUACACAAAAAAGUUAUUCAUGAAGGAAUAAGACAUCCUUGUAAUCAGUGUGAUAGAAGGUUUGGAUCUAAAUCCAAAUUAAAUGAUCACAUAAAAGUUGCUCAUGAAGGUAUAACUUUUCCAUGCGAUGAAUGUAGUAAAAUAUUCUCUUCGAAUGGCGCUCUUUGCAGACAUCUGCAAUCCGUUCAUCAAGGAAUAAAAUAUCCAUGUAAUCAGUGUGACAAAUUAUAUACAUCUAGAUUUCAUUUAAAUGAACAUUUGAGAGCUAAUCAUAAAGGUGUAAAAUUUACCUGUGAUCUGUGUAACAAAGAAUUUGCUUAUAAAGUAGGCUUAGAUGAACAUAAUAAGAAUAUUCAUGAAGGAAUAAAGUAUCCAUGUGACCAAUGUAGUAAAACGUUUUCGUCCAAAUGUAUGUUAAAUAACCACGUGAAAGCUAUUCAUAAAGGAAUAAAACUUACUUGUAAGCAAUGCGAUAGAAAGUUUAAUUGUAAAUCCAAUCUAAACUUACAUGUAAAGUCUGCUCAUGAAGGUAUAUUUUUCCAAUGUGAUGAAUGUGAUAAGAAGUUCACUGCGAAAUGUCCACUAAAUAAACACAUACAAUCAAUUCAUCAAGGAGUGAGGUUUGCUUGUGGACAAUGUGACAAGAAAUUUACAAAACCGAGUACAUUAAAUGAUCAUGUUAAAGUUAUCCAUGAAGGAUUUAAAUUUCGCUGUCAGUUCUGUGAGAAAUCAUUUUCAACAAAGAAGUAUCUUAGAAAACACGUGAAAACUAAUCAUGAGAUUACCACAUAUUUCUAUGCAUAUGAAAAUCGAAGUGAAAUGGAGAUAUCUAUGUUCGACCCUUAUUUUGGAAUUAAUUUUAAGGUCGAAGAACCAGUAGAGUUAGAUGAUCUAGUUAUAAGGUCGUCACAGGAAUUAGUCUCAAAAGAUGUAAAUGUUGUACCUGAAAAAUGUAUAGAAGAUGAAUGUGAUUCUGAUAAAGCUCCUGUUGUUGGCGAUCUCGUUACAGAUAGAGGUGUGGUUUUUAUCAGGACAAAUCAGAACCCUAUCCGACAAAAUUCUGCAAAGGGUGUAAAAUUUACCUGUGAUCUGUGUAACAAAGAAUUUGCUUAUAAAGUAGGCUUAGAUGAACAUAAUAAGAAUAUUCAUGAAGGAAUAAAGUAUCCAUGUGACCAAUGUAGUAAAACGUUUUCGUCCAAAUGUAUGUUAAAUAACCACGUGAAAGCUAUUCAUAAAGGAAUAAAACUUACUUGUAAGCAAUGCGAUAGAAAGUUUAAUUGUAAAUCCAAUCUAAACUUACAUGUAAAGUCUGCUCAUGAAGGUAUAUUUUUCCAAUGUGAUGAAUGUGAUAAGAAGUUCACUGCGAAAUGUCCACUAAAUAAACACAUACAAUCAAUUCAUCAAGGAGUGAGGUUUGCUUGUGGACAAUGUGACAAGAAAUUUACAAAACCGAGUACAUUAAAUGAUCAUGUUAAAGUUAUCCAUGAAGGAUUUAAAUUUCGCUGUCAGUUCUGUGAGAAAUCAUUUUCAACAAAGAAGUAUCUUAGAAAACACGUGAAAACUAAUCAUGAGAUUACCACAUAUUUCUAUGCAUAUGAAAAUCGAAGUGAAAUGGAGAUAUCUAUGUUCGACCCUUAUUUUGGAAUUAAUUUUAAGGUCGAAGAACCAGUAGAGUUAGAUGAUCUAGUUAUAAGGUCGUCACAGGAAUUAGUCUCAAAAGAUGUAAAUGUUGUACCUGAAAAAUGUAUAGAAGAUGAAUGUGAUUCUGAUAAAGCUCCUGUUGUUGGCGAUCUCGUUACAGAUAGAGGUGUGGUUUUUAUCAGGACAAAUCAGAACCCUAUCCGACAAAAUUCUGCAAAGGCAAUAAAAUUGUCGCAUGAUUUACGCAACAAGGAUCUUUCAAUAGAAACUACUCGUCAUCUCCAUAUUAAGACUGUUCAUGAAGGAAUGAAUUAUCCUUGUGGUCAAUGUGAUAGAAAGUUUGCUUGUAAAUCCAACUUGACUCAACAUAUUCAAGUUUUUCAUAAUCGAAUAAGAUAUCCAUGUGUUCAAUGUGAUAAAACGUUUACAAGUAAAUCUCAUCUAAAUAAACAUGUGAAAUCUAUUCAUGAAAGAAAAAACUAUCCAUGUUAUCAGUGUGAUAAACAAUGUAGUUUAAAUAUGCCUGUAAAAGUUACUCAUAAACGUUCGAAAUUUACUUGUAAUGUGUGUAACAAAGAGUUUGCUUUUAAAGGAAAUCUAAAUAGACAUCACAAGAGUAUUCAUGAAGGAAUGAGAUAUACAUGUAAUCAUUGUGAUCGAAAGUUUAAAACAAACUCUGAUUUAAAUGAACAUGUAAAAGUUAUUCAUGAAGGAAUAGUAUAUCGAUGCGAUCAAUGUAAUAGAAGGUUUUCAUCUAAAUGCAACUUAAAGGAACACCUGAAAAGGGUCCAUCCAGGGGUGAGCUUUGGUUGUGAACAAUGCAGUAGAAAAUAUUUAAAAAGAAGAGAAGAAUUUUCAUGUGUUUAG